GAAAGAGGUGAUGGGGAACAAGAACACUGGCCCGCCCAAAGGUCCAGAUACUGCAACUCUCCAGAAGAAGGACGAUGAUAUUGGGUAGACACAGCGAAUCACAUCUUUCUGCAAAGAACUGCUGGUUGGAAGCUUAUCACCAUGACGCUGCCCCCUUUAAGAGUGCACAAGGCAACCAGAGCAUUAAGACGCGCAAGGAUGAUACUAAGCCCCAGACAAAUACUCUUGGCUGUAUGCCUAUAAUAUACCACACAGCUGGAGAUGGUAAGCUACAGUAUGUUAUGUAAGCGACAAACCGAGAAAGAGCGAGCGAAAUAGAUCGUGUUUAUGUGCGUGCGUGUGUGUGUUGGUAGAUCUUGGUACAGCACAGCAAAAAAAAAAAAAAAAAAAAAAAAAAAAAUCCUGAAAUGACAACAUUUUAACCAUUUUCUUUUUGAAUUUAAUGUAGUUUAAAUUGAAUUGAAAGCAUGCAUCUAAAACAAUGUCUCAGGACAUGAAGUUUAGUUAAGUCAAUCUUGUUUAAAUAUACUCUAGGUAGUUAUAGGCCACUAGUUGAAAUACAUGGGAAUAGAUUUAUUAUUAUUAUUAUUAUUUUUUUGUACAAAUGGUUAGUUCAACAGAGUCAAAAAGCUACAAACUAAUCAAAAGGUUGAUCGACACAGAAACUUACAAAGAAAACAGUAACACUCGUAAUGUGGGCCUCAUCUGACACACUGGCCCGUACAAAAGGGAAACCAAAGACCACAAUGACUAUCACGACUCGGCGGACUGCAAUUCAUGUCACAACUACCCUUUGCGUGUUGCGUCAGCUAUAUGCGCCACAUAAUUUGGAGCUGAGGUGUUUUCCGGGUUUGGUCAUGAGAUGUUCCACAUAUGCAGUAUUUUAUCCAUCCAUCCAUUAUCAUAUCCUCACAAGGGACACGGGAGCGCCGGAGCCUAUCCCAGCUGUCAUCGGGCAGGAGGCGGGGUGCACCCUGAACUGGUUGCCAGCCAAUCGCAGGGCACAUAGAAACAAACAAUCAUUCGCACUCACAUUCACACCUAUAGGCAAUUUAGAGUCUUCAAUUAACCUUGCAUGCAUGUUUUUGGGAUGUGGGAGGAAACCGGAGUGCCCGGAGAAAAGCCACGCAGGCACGGGGAGAACAUGCAAACUCCACACAGGCGGGGGCGGGAAUAGAACCCCGGACCUCAGAACCAUGAGCCAGACGCUCUAACCAGAUGGCCACCGUGUCACCCACAGUAUUUUAUACUUUUGAAAAUCUGCAGAUUAUACCAAUUGUUUUUAGUUUUUAAUUAUUAUUAUUCAUAUUUUUUUUACAAUAUACUUGCUUACUGCAAUCCCCUCGCAGCCGCAUUUGUGAAAGGAGUGUCACAGUUGUCAAUUUAGAUGGUUUGAUGCAUUUGGGGUGACAAAACUAUUUAUCUAAGCAAAAUGGCGGGUGAGUCUGGAACGUAUUCCCGCAAUAAAUGUGGGUUCAUGAGAUGGAUUAUGUAUUAGAUAUUACACACAUUUUGCAAUAAAAAAAAAUGCAUCCCAAAAUGUAAAUGCAUAUUGCAUGCACAGUAGUGGACUCCCAGCAGAUAUAAUAAGAUGCUAAUCUAGCCUCACAGCCCAAGGUCAGCAUCCAUCAUUGUGAAUCAUACUUUAUUUUUUGUGCGUCAUCACUUUGUCGUACUUUGCAUGAGGGGCAUGUUUGGUCAGAUGCCCCUUCAUCAUGGGUAACACACACUUCUGACAUCACGGAAGACAUCACUGCAUCAUCAUCACCAGACAAAUUUUCCUGCACUUGAAAACGCGUCGGAAGGGAAACAUUGCAAGGCUACGCAUAAUGAAUUGGACAUGAAAAACAGCAGGUGAGUCCUGCAGGAGUUGUGUUUGUUUUCUGGUAUGUUUCCAGGAAGUGUCUCCAGAUAUGGAGCGUCGAGCCUCAUCCCAGAGCUGCUGGCCUCUCUACAGUCUCUCGGAGAAAACAAUGACUACACAGUACUGCCACACUCGCUGCACCAGAUUGCAGAGGCCUGCGCACUCCAAGAGGAUUACCAGUUGGCCAUCCAGCUUCUCCAGCUAGAGAAGCUCUACCAUGAACGUGUGCUCUUCAACCUCACCGUCCUGCACGAGAACUGGGAGAGCCGCUGCAAAGAGAAGGAUGCUGACAUCCGUUUGCCUGCCGAAACAGACAACAACAAUCAGAAACACAUUGAGAUACUGAGACACAUCUGUGGGACACACCUCAGCCCAUCCCUGAGUGAGGAUAUAACGCUAAUAGACAUUGAAAUCCAGAAAGAGGCAUCCCCUCAGGCAUUCAAGCAUGAAAUAACACACAGAGAUGAGGACGACGACGAAGUGGCAAGAAUGAAGUCCAACUCGGGUCAUGCUAAGCGUCCUAAACGUGGAAGUGAAGAAGAGCUGUAUGAGGAAAUGACGGAAGUAGAGGAGGAAGAGGAGGAGGUGAAGGUGGAGUGGCCAGCAGGAGUUGCCCAGGCGUCAGACACGGACCUGGCCAGACUUUGCCAUGCUAAUGGGAGUCUGUGCCCCGAUGGUCUGGUUUCCAUCCUGAAGAGGAGGAGAGCAUCCCUGGAUGGACUGCCGCCCCCCAGCGACGUGGACAACAAGAUGAACUCCAAACGCAAAGUCCGUUUCAGCGAACCGGAAGAUGGCGUCGAACAAGACGAAGUGGGUGGAAACUCCUGCUUGAUCCUGCUCCUGCUGUGUCUUGUUACCGUGGUGAUCAGCGUUGGUGGGACCGGGCUCUACUGCUCCUUGGUGGACACGUCCUCCAACAUUUGCACCGACUUCGCUCUCAACGUCAACUUCUACGUGACGAACGUGCGGAGUUUCUUCGAAGGGCUCAGACAAUGGCUGCCUCGCUGGACAUAAGACGCAUCACUUGAAGCCGUUUGGAGUCGAAGUCAUAGACAAAGACAAACAGUUGUGAGCUUGUUGAGACUCAAGAAUUUAAGCUUGAAUUUGUCAGAGAAACACAGAGCUGUAAACAUUUUCGAGUCAAAGGGUGAUUGCUUGCCUGUGUGAAUCGUUUAUCGUAGACAAAACCUUUACCUCAGAAGGGUUCUUGCAACUUUCACGUGUGUGCAUAUUUGAACAAAUACUUCCAUCAUUUGUAGCAGUUUUGGGAUUUUUCUUUUCGUCCUUUGUUCCAAUUACUUUUGGCCUGUGUUAUGAUUUGAUCUGUAUUGAUACAAUAAGGAAGUUGUCACUUUCACGAUUGCAUGAGUUUGUUUUUUUAAGAACGAUUAAUCAAUUGUAACCCAUUUUACUGUUCGGUUCUUAUGCUCGAGCACAGGGCUGCAUAUCUGAUGCAUAUCUGCAUCAGACACAUUAGAUUGGCUUUCUAGAAAGAAUUUCUGGAAAAAAAACAACCUGACCUGUGAUAAAAUGCAGCUUUUUGUUGUUGUGACUUUCAGCACCCAUCAGGGGUAAGCGCAGCAAGUCAUUUGCAUGUUUUGUUACGCACAGUCAUAAUGCCUGCUGGCCUUUCUGACACAAGCCCUAUUCCGGCAGUGGCACGGUAUUCGGUUACUGGCCAGUAUGGACAAUUCUAGGAUCAGAAGUUUAGGAGUGCUAGGAUUCAUUUUAGGGGUGCUUCAGCACUGCCCAAAAUGGACUAGAAACUCUUAUGCUGGCCAGGAAUCUAAACCGUGCUGGCUGCAUGAACCGGAGUGACAAAAUCGACCUUGUAUUAUAGUUUAAUCAACAAUUUAAUUCAUACAAAUUUAGUGUCAUCUCUUAGCACGUCUGCCUCAAAGUUGUCAGGUUCUGGGUUCAAAUCUCGGCUCAGGCCCCGCUGUGAGGAAUUUGUGUGUUCUCUCCAUGCUUGUGUUAUCUUCAGGUACUUCCACAUACCCAAAACAUGCAUGUUAGGUCAAUUGAAGACGCUAAAACACCUGCCAUCUGGCCCGACACAUUUCGCUAACGCAAAUUAUGCGUCUACAUCGUAAUUCUUGCUAAAUGGAGCUGUGAAAAUAGUUUUUUUUGUCUCGAUGUGCCCUGUGAUUGGCUGGUGACCGAUCCAGACUGGACCCCGCCUCUCGCCCAAAGUCAGCUGCGAUAAGACAAUGGUAUAGAACAUGGAUGGCUGGAUUAGUUUUACCUCAAGCCUGGACUAAAAUGCAUGUUAUUACAAAGGCAAUAAAGUAUGGGAUAAUGUACAUAUUUACCCAUUAAAUACUGGAAAUCGGGGUCAAAACAAUCUGCAUGAGUGCUGCAGUGCGUACAUCCCGUAGGAUUUUGAUAGCAAGCCUCAUUCUACAAAAGUAAUUUUCAUGUAUGCAAUAUUUUCCAUUUCACAGCCGCCUCACACUCAGGUACUUUGUACACUUUAGUUCUCGUAGGUGCCCAAGGUUUUCAGGUUUAUCCUUGAAAUUCAUGUUCAUGUGUUUAGAUUAAUGAGCAUGUCCGGUUUACAUCAGAAUACCAAAGGACCAAUGCAGGGUGAUCGUAAUUGCAAAGAUGUAAAAUUAAAUCAUGUUUACUUAUACACAUAACUAAAUAACAAUGAAAUGAAGGACUAAAGUAUAUUUAUAUGACCUCAACAUGGUUUGGAUAAUUAAAAUCUACAAUUUAGGGGUUGAAAAUGAUAUUUCACCUGGAUUGCACAUUUUAUCGCAAUGGUUAAAGUGAAAAAUAUUGCCAGCAUAUUCCUUUACCCACUGCCUUUUGUCAAUAUGGAUAAUGUUGACCAUCAAGUAUUGCAUUAUGUGAUCUGCCUUUUAUUUGGUAUGUCCACAAGGGAGUAUAUGACUAGUACAGGAAAUAAUUGCAUUUAGGUUUCCUUUUUUUUUUCUUUAACAAAGUUGGCAGCAUGGAUGAAUAUGAUCAUAAUGAACACUGAAAUGAUAUUUAUACUGUACUGUAUUGUGAUU